UCCGGAAUAUAGCAGUGUGGUUCAAAAGAAAUCCAUAAAGUUGGCUGAACAGGGGUGUUUUUUCGUUUGUACUUCGUGGUCAGAGCAGAUCGCCUGCCUCCGAUUCGCCCGCCAUUCGAGAUGGUUCGACGUGCACGCGCUCUCAGCGCCAACUUUUAGUUCUCGGGCCUAUUAGAGACGCGUCGUCGACGAAAAUAACUACGCUCAUUACACAAAAGGAUGUAGACCUGAAAUACCCUGAGGUGAGAGGGUCUGAAUGUGUCCAGAUGACUUCUUAUCUCCCAUGGCCAAUACCGAGAAGCAGGGUGCCAUGGUGCUUCAUGAGGAGGGCAUGACUGCCCCUACACUGGCACCUUCACCUUCCUCUGCACCUUCUCUCUUUGUUGUCCUUAAACAGGUGCAUCCUGGUGAUGUUUUGAAAGACAAGGGUAGUUUAUUAGCUAUUAGCGAGGCAAAUAGUAUAAUGAAGUCUGCAGUCAGUUCAGCUGCAACAGGCUUACAUUCAACAUCAUCCAUGUCACUUUCAGACGCCACCACACAUGUGGAGAACAUGCCAGCAGAUGCUCGAUAUAAGGGCAUCACAGUUACACUGGACAACAACAGUAUGUGGAAUGAAUUUAGUAGGUGCCAGACUGAGAUGAUUCUGACCAAGCAGGGUCGUAGGAUGUUCCCCUACUGCCGCUUUCGUCUCUCUGGUAUGGAACCUUUCCAGAGUUACUUGCUAGCGAUGGAUAUCGUUCCAGUUGAUAACCACAGAUACAAAUGGAGUGGCAAAGGAUGGGAGACCAACGGAAAGGCGGACUCUCACAUUUCACGCUUGUUUGUACACCCAGAAUCCCCUGCUACAGGCCUGCACUGGAUGCAGUACCCUGUUUCUUUUUACCGACUGAAGCUUUGCAACAACACCUUGGACCAGGAGGGCCACAUCAUUUUACACUCAAUGCACCGGUACCUUCCUCGACUUCAUAUCAUACCUGCAGACAAAGACAGUGAAGACAUUCGGAUAGACAGGCCUGAGGUUAUAACGCUCAGUUUUUCUCAGACAGAGUUCUUUGCCGUCACAGCCUAUCAAAACCUGCGUAUCACCCAGCUCAAAAUUGACUACAACCCCUUCGCCAAAGGCUUCAGGGAGGAUGCGGUCAACGCCCGAUCAACGAAGGCCAAGAAUGGAGUAUCGGGUGAAGAAACGGAGAAUGAGCUUAAGCUAAGCAAAGAGUCAACAACCUUGAAUAAUUUGAAGACUUUGUUCAUGAAGAGAAGUGCUGCUGCAAAGGUCAAUAAGGAUCAGAAUGUCCCCAGCCCAACAAAUGGGGAGAAGAAAAUUGUUAAUGGUGAUGCUCCUGUUGAGGAUAGAGAUAAGAGCACUAAGAAGCGUCCAUUGUCAGGAGCAUUUUCGGACUUCCUUAAAGGUGCACAUGUGAAAGUCAAAAGGUUAUCGCUGGACAAUAUCGAGAAAAAUUGUGUUGUCCUGCAAACUGACGCAGGUGGCACAAGUGGAAAACAAGAAGCGAUAUCAUCCAAACCAGAGACUGUAAUGGAUGACAUUCACAGAUGUAACAACACAGACACAAGCUCAAAAAAAGAGUUGAUAAAACUAGAUGAAAUUAAAAUGGUAAUAGAUGAACAUAAAGAUAAUAAGAUUACAUUGUUACCCAGUGAUAAAAAAGUACAAAACUCAGAUGAAAAGAAAAAGGAGAACCUUUCUUCUCUGGACACUGAGGCUGAGCCUGAAGCAAAGACAAAGAAAACCUUACCACACAAACGACCAGAACCUGUACCCCUACCUCUCCUCGCUCAGUUUCUUAAACGGAGAAAGUUUAAAACAAAAUCUACCACCCCAACACCUGAAGCUCCUCGCUUCACCGUGGACUGUAAACCUCAGUUAACAUCUGAAAGCUCACCUGACCUAAUCUCUUCCACCCCUUUGGCGAACACUCAAAUAGAUUCACAACCAUCGCUUACCUCAUCAUCAUCAACAGAAGAUGCCAGUAACAUGACAUCUACAUUCACUGCUUCAUUAUCAUCUCCCUCUUUAACUGUAGAUCCCUUAAUACAAGAAGAAGAAUAACAACCUCUGAGGUUUUCACCUUCUCCAUCUGACAGUGAAUCUUUACUUUCCCCCAACACUUCAUCUCCCGCUAAAUCUAAUUUUGACCCUUCAUUUGACAGUAUCUCGGAUGUAUUUAGUAAUACUGAAAAUGUUUCUGUGCAAGGUCUUGUCAACACACUCAUGUCUCAGUCAGACAUUUCAUCUGUUUUUACUUGUAAUGUUUUGGAUGACACUGAUUCGCCCACUACACCUGCAGUUAAGACCAAUGUUGUCAUCACAUCAGACAACCCAACUGUGACCACAUCACCAAACUCUGCUUUUGAUGUUCCAUCAAGUAAGAACAAUGAGAUCGUUCCCAACCAGGAACUGUCCUCCAUGCCUCAAGUUGAGAUUGAAUCUUUUUCUGAUUGUCUCUUGGAAAACUCCAAUGGCUUGUGUACUGAGCUUUUUACCCAGGAGGUUCUGGACACAAAUGAUGAGUCUCUUUCCUUGCCAUUGGAUGACCCAUCUUCCCCAACCUUUUCAUUACCCAGCCCAGCUCUUUCCUCACCCGACCCCUUUCCUCCAGAUCUAUUCAGUGACCGACCUCUACCUCCCCGAAAGGCCCUUGAUUCUUGCCCAGAGAGGCUGUUGGAUUGCACAGGCAUAUCCUCUUCUGACAUUUUUACAUUAUUAUGUGACAUACCCGCAGCUCCUAUAAACCACCUCGAUUCAUUUCAAGGAAGAAUAUUUAAUGGACCGUUAGAUUCGGUGUCGUCAAGUCAAAGCAGAUCAGGACUUUUCAAUGAAUCCAUUGACUUGUUUUCUCAAAGACCACCUGAUAAACCAGGUCCUGUUAAAGACAUUCAAUCAACUGUUAAUUGUGAGAGCAAUGAGACCGCUCUUUCUGAUCAUCCUGUUCCUGAGCCAACCAAACAGUCCUCUCAUGGAAGCACUCCAACAAAGAAAUCCAACAAAAAACAGAAAAAAGUAGGAAAGUUGAAGCACGGUGAUGAUGAUGAGGUGUUUGAAGGACCCGUACCUGCCCCAAUGCAGCCUAGCCUGGAGGAUGUAGAAGGACAAUUAUUUGCCUCGUUCAUGUCUAAGACAGCUCUUGAGAUUCACCUUGGAGAUGAUGCCAAAACAGGGGUGGCCCAGAAAACAUUGGAGACCUCUGGUGACAACUGUGGAGGUAUAGAGGAAAAGAUUAAGGUGCUUGAGAAAGACCUUUUACAUGAUCUGAAGUUGAUGAAGCACAGGCAGGUUAUUCAUCCGGUGCUGCAAGAAGUUGGACUAAAACUGCAUCUGCUAGACCUCAACCUGCCGAUUGACCUGCAGUAUUUGGGUGUUCACUUACCCAUACCUCCACCUGUUCUCUUACCUGAAGAGAGUCCAGCAUCAUCACAGGUCCAGUUUGUUUCCAGAACAGGGAAAACCACUGACGUCACCAAAAUUAAAGGUUGGAGGGAUAAAUUUGCUGGUUCAGGAUCUCUGAGUGAAGGCGUAUCAAGCGUCGAAACAGGGCAGAAUAACCUCUCAGCGUUCUGCAGUGAUAUGUUGGAUGAGUAUCUGGCCAGUGAGGGCAAACUGAUUGAUGAACGAGCUGCCAACUUGUCCCAGACCGACACCACGACUGUGGCAUACCAGCUACCCACUAAGAGCACCAGCUAUGUCCGCACCUUGGAUAGUGUGCUUAAGAAACAAGUACCUCCCUCUUUAUCCUCCUCAUCCAAACAUUCAACUCCAACAUCCAGUAAAUCCAAGCCAAUGUUCAACUCCAAAGUAGGCAAUCAAUCUAAAAAAAAUCUGAAAUCUGGCAAAGGAAACCAGGUUCUUAGUACCACGAAACCAACCAAACCAGUCAGCGGAGGGGACAAAUUGAUGAGCUUAAACAAGGUCCAGCAAAGCAAAAGAUUGGAAAGGAACAAAAUUAGAAAGGCAUCGAAGAGUUUAAGCACUGAAAAGGUUCUCGCAGAAAUACCUGCCGUGGUAGCUUCUGAUAAGACUCCCAGGUUUGAGGACUCUGGAUCAACAGCAGCGAGCAGCACAGGUGGACGCAGUCCAGGUUUGACCAAGACUCUGGUGAAGCUGAUGGAUGUGGAAGAUGGAGCAGUAUGGGAAGGCAAACGUCGUACUUGUAUCACAGAAGAAAGAGCAGCCAUUGCGCUAACAGCUCUCGUCACUGCUGAAAGUGCAACAAAGGCAAACCCUGAUGCCAUGAGAAUUAUAAAACGACGGGCGCCACCCUGCCUUAACGUCUUCUGCAGGCUCGGCUGCCUGUGUGCCAGUCUGCUUCAUCAGAGGCGACAUCAUCACUGUGGCAAACCGGAGUGCAUGUUGGGCUGCAGCUGUCUGCGACGCAAAGUUAUCGCGCUGAAGAGCCCUAAAGAGGAAGACUGUAUAACAGAGGAGCCUGAACCUCAGGGUCUGUCAGAGGAUAACAAGACUAAAUUGAAGAAGAACAAAAAGAGAAAAACUUAUGUUCUAACAGAUCCUGAGGCAGCACCUGAGCCGGCCAAGCGUGUCAAUACUUUAUGGGAAUCAAAAAGCGAGGAAUCUGAUUCAGAAAUCUUCUGCCCGCCUCCUCCGAGAGUUCUCCCUCCACAACUACUGUCAAAAGAUCUACAACACGACCUGGAACGUUUUUUCAGUCCCCCGAAACCGAAGAGGGUGGGAGAGAGAAAUUUGAAUAUGAUGGAGGAGAGCAGCGAAAUGGAUAAUCAUUUGACUUGCUCUCGUGUUCGACCAUUUCGACCGUGUCGUAAUAAACGAAAAAUGCCGGUUGACCAACAGCACAUCCCACAGAUCCCUAAACGAGAUGUCGAGGAGGGAGAGCUUGUACCUCUUAAUUUGUCUGACACUAUCAAGCGGCUCGAGAUCAUAUCCGAGUGCAGUUGGUCAAGUACAGACAGCAGAAAUGACGUUAUGGGGGUGGUGUGCAAGAACAUGGCUCAAGAUCGUUUAACGAACCCUUUCUGGGUUGGCAAGUAUUACAUUCAGCCGAUUUCUAAGACUGUACAGGAGACAGAGGAAGGUUCUGUCCACACCUACAAGGUCAAGAUAUCAGAGCCUGUGGAGAAGAAGAAAGAAGAUAAGAAUGUUUCGCAGAAUGAUGUCCAAACAGAGUCCAUACAGCCUGUAGAGAAGAUUGAGGUGAAAGGUUUGCCCUUCCUUGCCAGGUGUUCCCCUGCUGGCUUGCUCAAGGCGGAGAAAAAAGCUCCUAAUGCCCCGGGACAGAUAAUGGUCAAUGGAAAGCCAUACCCACAAGCCAAGCUGGAACUGGGCAAGAUGGGGGCACUGCACCCUGCCAAUCGAUUGGCAGCUUACAUCACAGGAAGAAUAUGUCCAGUCGGUCAGUCUGUGGCUACCUUUGUAACAACAUCAACCACUGCGAAGGCCUCUACAACCGUUCCGGUCACCAAUGUGGCCACAGUAACCUCAGUUACCAGCGCAUGUGCUUCUACAAUCACAUCACCCUUCAAGACUGCUGUGACCAACCCCCCAGCGGGACAGGUCUUCACCCAGUUUGUGGUCAACCACAUCAACUCUCAAAAUCAGGCCAGCACUAGCGCCCCACACUUAAAGUCUUCUCCUCCAAAAAUUGUCAUCCCCUCCUCUUUGCUAAUGGUUGGCAGAGAGGCUGGGGUUCCUGGUGUUGCUCUGUCUUCUCUAAAAACAGGUGGACAUAAUGUAACUCCAACCCCUUCAUCUGGAUCUCCCACGUCAGGAAAGAAGACUGUUUUGAUUACAGUUGUGUCCCGUAAAGCAGGGACCACUAGUAGUGGACCACAGGUAGAAAAACCCGUCACACAUAUUUGCCCUCCACAGACCUCAGGCCAAAAGAUGACACUUCAAGUGGUGAAAACAGCCGAUGGCAACACGCUGUACCGUAAUCCCAGUGGUCAACUCAUUCGGCUGGUGCCUCUUAGUCAAAUCAAAUCCAUGACGCCCAGCAGCCUCCCUAAAGGUCCAACAACCCUGUUUCGCUUGCCAGCACCUAAUGUGGUUUCUCCGAAUAAGCCUCAGAGCGGCAGUACCAUCACAGUCACGUCAUCCAGCCCGACAAGCCAAACACAAGCAAAAUAUACAUACACUGUACCAGCCCCAGCAUUUUUAAGUAGCAAGCCGGUCACUCUCACUACAUCCAAGUCGGUCUCAUUCAACAGUCUUCCUUCCACCCUUAAAGUUAGCCCGACGUUUCUGGGACAGUCUGGCACUUGCACGUUAAGAAUUCUCCCUCCAAAUACUCUCAAAGACACUGCAAGUAGCACUCCGACCUCUUCCCCUAGCCUCUCACAGGGCGGUUUCACAUUACUCAAACCUUCAAGUGCAACUUUACAGAAUCAAGACUCCACCACGUCUGAAACCAUUGCUUCUGUUAGCUCAGGUUCAACAGAGGGUCCAGUCAGUCAGGUCCAACCGUUACUUGAUUUGAGUAAGCGAUCCGACAUGGUUUCUGCUAAACAGGAUCGCGCCCACGAUUCCAGAAUGUCUGAAAGUUCAGCUGUAAACACAUCACAGAUUUCAUCCUCUACCACCACUUCUCCAAAACCCACAUGGUGUUCUCCAUCUAGCUUCUCACAUAGGGAGCUUGGAGAACUGGAAGGUUCAGAUUUAGCUGCUAAUCCCUAUGAGAAGGAAGGAGAAUGUGACACGGAUCAGCAAGAGGAAGGGAACGGAUCGGACGGAUCAGAAUUAACGGACGACUCCGACUUGUACAGUGAAGAUGACCAAGAUGAUUCGUACAGUGAUUCUGAUAAAGAUGAGCUGGGGCCGGUUGAGGAUGAGGAUGAGGACGGGUUGGAUUCAGAGAUGAAAGAUCCUGCAGAGGUGGUGGUUGAUAUUGAGUCCUUUGAAGAGUCGGUGGAGAAAAUGAAGAUUACACUACUAAAGGAAUCUGCCAAAAAGCAAAAUCUGCUUCACAGACGGCAGAAGCACACUGAUGAUCAGAAGAUCAAGAGGGUUCACAAUGAGAGAGUGAGGCGCAGCACGUUAAAAGAACGCUUUCUGAACCUUCAGUUGACCCUCAAGAAAUCUUUGAAGAACAUCUCCAGAAAUGGAAUCCUCACACUGGCUAAAGAAGAGAUUGAGUCCCUAGUGCAGCAGGAGAGCUUUUUAGUGAUGUACAGACACAAGUUAAUAAUUGAAAGAGAGCAAUAUCUACAGACGCUUUCCAUGAUGUCUGACAAGAGUGAAGAGUCCAUCAGCCAGAAGCUUAAUGAAAUUGUUGCAAAACAAAAAACUCUUGAGGCCCAGAACGAAGCGAGAGCGAUGACGUCCCAGCUUAAGCAGACAAAACCCAAACCCAGUCCAAAACCCAAGCAUUUUUCUAAAUCAACUAAUCCCAGUAGUAAACCCAAAAGUUCAGGAUUGCAAAAAGAAAAGGAUGUUGUUUCCGAACACACGCAGUCUCCUUCCAAGCCAAUAGACUUGAGUCUUAAAAAACAAAGAAGUCUGGAAAAACCAGAAAGUAUAACAGAAGAUUCAACCUCAAAACCUAAAGAACUCGAUAGCAACAGAAGCACUCCUACAGCUCCAGUUAAAGACAAAAGCAGCGUCUCCUUACCUCUUCAGCCAAUCGCUAGUUCCAUUUAUUCUAAAUCUGCACCUGUGCCCAUUCCUAUAACACUCUUACCGAUAUCACGCGAGAGGCCUAACAUCCUGUCAUGCUCACAGACCACACCAGCAUCUCCAGUCAAAGAGCCUCUUGUAACUAACAAAGUAAUUCCUCUGAUGCCUCUUCAGCCCAUUGGCAUCACCGCACUUGGGCCGCAGCAGUCAACCACACCAGGUGUAGCAUCUGCGUCCAUAUCAGUUGCUGCAAUGCCACAGCCACUCGGAGUGGAAAAUCCUCUUCCGAUGUUGCAGCCUCAGUUGAUCAAAAUUUCAAACAGCCCUGUUGACAUUAACACACAAGUGGAACCCAUCAACCUUUCCAACGUCUCCAACGUCAUUUCCCUGGUUCCACCAGUUAAGAAUCCGGUAGUACCACAGCAGGUUGUGCUUGAGAAGAUGGACACUACACCAGCUGUCCAGGCACAGACCAUCUCUAUCCAGUCUCAUUUGGAAGAAAGAGAGGCUAUUGAUGGUAAACCCAAGGAAUCACCAAAGCAACCUAUAGGAGGAGAUGUACUGACAACAUCUGUGACGUCCCCCAACCAGGAUGGAUUGGACAAGAAGGGUCAAGAGAACACCAAUGAUGCUGAAGAUGAAAAUCUGAUGUCUUUGCUAGACGAACUUGUUCUUCUCAGUCAGCAGUUGAGUAACGACUCCCCCGAACCAAUGAAUGAAGAUCAGAACCAUGUUAUGCCCGAUAAAGAAAGCUCACAGUCCGACCAUCAGGAAGAUACAGAACGGGAUGAUGAUCGUGCGCUCAGCCCCUUAUUUCUAACUCUCGAUGAAGAUCUGAUGUCUCCAGAGUGCUCCAAAGAUGAACUGGAUGAUAUUCCACCUAAAGUCGACGACUUGGUCAAAGUCAUCUUCGGGUCAGAUUCACCAACCACUUCGUCUGAAUCUGGGGUUGCGACAUCAACAAACGCUCCUAGUCCACAACCUCCGACAAGCAGCGUUACAAGUGAUGCUCUUACUCCACCUCCUCUGUUGCACAUGAAAGCGACGUGCGGGGCCGUUUUGGGUCACUCCGCCAGCGAAGGGGCUAAUGUGACAUGGCGGCCGAUGCCUAAACUUGUUCCUUUAGGGUUAAAGGAUGCUGUUCUGAAUAAGGUGAACGGUUCGUCUGUUCUCAAAUCGGACUCAAAGGCGCAGGAUGUUUAGAAACCACACACGUGAUCUGGUAAGUCAAUAAAUCAGGUAUAGCUGCUGCUCACUUUAUGGACAGUGUAGGAGUUUUUAUGUAUUUACUUUUUCAUAAGUCCUGCUGCAGUCCUGUUGGGCCUCUGGAAUCUCCAAAGAUGUUUUUUUUUUUAGGUUAAAUACUUCAUUACUAACUACUUGAUCAGCAGAUUGCCUGUUUGAUUCCUUGUUGGGUUUUCGGUGUCUAUUUAAUAAAAGGCUGUUUUUUCAGUUUUUACUUCUCGUGGCAGUUGUUAACUUAGAAGCUAUUCGUUGUAACCUCCAUAUUGGAGCAGGUUGAUUUCGAAGAAAAUUAAACCGAUCUUUAAACAUAGGAAAAUAGUUUAGUCCCUCUUUAGCGCAUUGUGGAAGAAAAUCUAAGGAGAAUCUGCCUUUAAUUGUUUGUGUUGGGAAUUUUGUGGGAUCAUUAGGUGGAUUUCUGGGUGACCUAUUUCAGAAUUAAUUGAAUUUGCCUACUGACAUUUAACAUAAGAACUGUUUCACCCAUGACUUUAUCUUCUAAUGAGAUACACAAAUGUCAUUUGCAUCUAGCUGAAUCUUGCAUCAUCUUUUGUUGAUCGUAAAAUGAGUUCAUGUUCUAAUACUGGCAAUAAUGUUGAAUUAUGUCUGUGUUCUUGUUACAGAAAAUCUAGCCUACAUAUGACACAUACAUUGCUUGCCUUUAAGAAGGUCCUUUGAUUUGCACACUUGGUCAAACAAGUAAAGAUAUCAUUAACCGCAUAAGAAAAACAGAUACAGUGUGUAUCUUUAAUUUCGACCGUUUAGCCAUCAGACUGCAGUUUUCCUCUGUUUUGUUUUUGUCCGAUGAUGAGUUUAAAACAUUUAGUUUUGUUGUGGAUUUACAGCUUCCCUAAAACAAAAACCUCAACUUUUAUUUGUGCAUAAGCAACUUGGAUGCCUGGAGGUUUUAAAGGGAUUGUAAAGCUGUUGAAGUACACUACAAGUGUCUAAUAAUGUGGUUGACUACAGGGAAUCCCAAACUUUGGUUCUGAGAAAUGUAAUAAUCACUAUGCAAAUUUUCGCUUUAGAUGACAUAUCUGGAGGAAACACUACAGCUUCGUAGGAAAACAGGCUUGAUAACACGAUGCAAUGUUGUUCAUUGUUCUUAAAAAGUGUUAUUGUGUAUUUUAUGCUACACUGGGUUUUUUUUUGUAUAUAGGGUCACUGUGUUGUCUGUAUAUUAGUCAAAGUAUAAAGGAUUUCUUGAGUGUUGUAAAUAUGUAAGAUGUACUACUUUUUUGUAGACUGCUUAUUUUUUAUAAAUCAGUGCUCUCUUAAAUUUUUUUGUGAAAGAAUACGGAUUGUCCAUUGAAGUCAAUAAAAAUGUGCAAAGAAACGCGAGUCAAUGUUUUUGAUAUCUAAAUAUAUGUUUAUGGUUGUCGUGGUUCAUGAUCCAAAUGUCAUUUUGCUGAAUUUGUUUUAAAGCCGAAUGUGUGACUUCAGUUCAAUUUCUGAUUUCCAGGUUACAGUUUGACUUAAUUUGAAGUUUUUUUGCUUAUCAUUUUUAUUCUUCCCACAUUGUACUUUGUAACAUAUUAUACCACAAAGACCAGCUAUAGAUGUUUGAUUUGACAGACUCGAGAGGUUUACACACAGUAACUGACUCUCGGGGGAGAAUAAUCUCAGGGUUUAUAUACAGCAGUUGUUGAAUGGGUCGACUCGAACCUCAUUCAGCUUUGUCAAGGUAAGAUUCAUCCUUUUUUCAUUACACUCAAUGCAUAAAUGUGUCAAAUGCUAAAAGUCUGGAAACAAUCAGCAUGAUUCAGAUUCAGAACAAUGGGUAACUAAUUUUGCCUUUUUUCCCUC